AUGUCAGGCUCCUCGGAUAAGGGCAAAGCGCCUCAGCGCCCCGAUCAGGGCGAAGACUCGGGGGCCUCCAACAACAAGGGCUCCUCCUCCGAUAAAAAGAAUCUUCCUCCCAAGAUGAUUGAAUCACUCAUGGAAAUGAACCCGGCACUGAAGAGCGAGCUCGCCUCCAUGCCACAGGACAAGGCUGCGGAGAUGCUGUCUAACAUGGACAUCUCGCAAUUGCUGACUGGACUCUCUGUUGGCGGCAAGAACCAGAAGGAUAUGGCCUCGUAUAAGUUCUGGCAAACGCAGCCUGUGCCUCGUUUCGAUGACUCGAAGAGCAAGGAGGCUAUCACUCAGGGCCCGAUCAAGAUCAUCAAACCCGAGGAGGUUUCGAAGACACCCGGCCCGCUGGUCGAGGGCUUUGAAUGGUGCACUCUGGACCUGACAGACCCCGAAGAGCUGAAGGAGCUUUACGAACUCUUGAACAAUCACUACGUGGAGGAUGACAAUGCCAUGUUCCGUUUCUCUUACUCUCAGUCAUUUUUGCACUGGGCUUUGAUGUCUCCAGGAUGGAAGAAGGAAUGGCACGUUGGCGUGCGCGCCACCAAGUCGCGCAAACUGGUCGCUUCCAUCUGCGGUGUUCCCACCGAACUCCGUGUCCGCGGUGAGCGCAUCAAAGUGACAGAGAUCAACUUCCUCUGUAUUCACAAAAAGCUGCGCUCCAAGCGCCUGACCCCGGUCCUCAUCAAAGAGAUUACUCGUCGUUGCUACGUCAAUGGUAUCUACCAGGCUAUCUACACUGGCGGUGUCAUCCUGCCAACGCCCGUCAGCUCAUGUCGUUACUACCACCGCUCUCUAGACUGGCUUAAGUUGUACGAAGUCGGCUUCUCUCCUCUUCCUCACGGCUCUACCAAAGCUCGCCAGAUUACCAAGAACCACCUUCCUGAAAAGACUUCGACCCCCGGUCUGCGACCAAUGGAGACCAAGGAUAUUGACGCUGUUUUUGAUCUUCUGGAGCGUUAUAUGCUUCGUUUUGACCUUAACCAAGCAUUUAAUCGCGAAGAGAUUGAACAUUGGCUUGUUUACAAAGAGACUGAGGGCAAAGAGCAGGUGGUCUGGUCGUAUGUUGUGGAGGACCCGCAGACACACAAGAUCACAGACUUUGUCUCUUUCUAUAACCUCGAAUCUACAGUCAUCAAUAACGCCAAGCACAAAGAAGUUCGCGCUGCCUACUUGUACUACUAUGCCACGGAAACCGCCUUCACCAAUGACACCAAAGCUCUCAAGGAACGAUUGUUGUUGUUGAUGAAUGACGCUCUGAUUUGCGCUAAGAAGGCCCACUUCGAUGUUUUCAACGCCCUUACCUUGCAUGAUAACCCUCUCUUCCUGGAACAGCUGAAAUUCGGCGCCGGUGAUGGCCAGCUGCAUUUCUACCUGUUCAACUACCGGGCAGUCCCGGUUCCAGGUGGUAUCAACGACAAGAACCAGCCUGACGAGAAGAAGAUGGGCGGAGUUGGUAUUGUUAUGUUGUAG